AUGUCAAGCUCAUAAAACGCCUAUCGUUAUCACUAUAAAGAAUUGAUUUUUUGUAUUUUAUGUAGUUUUUAAAAGCCUUCAUAUUAUAGUUUGAAAAUAAAUUAUUCUAGACGCCUCUAAAUAAUAAAAUACAAAGAUGUCGAGGCAAACAUCUCGGCUUGAUGCUAAGAAAGUUAAUUCAGAACUACUAACGCUCACUUAUGGCGCUCUAGUAUCACAAAUGUUAAAGGAAACAGAGAACAAUGAUGAAGUAAAUAAACAUUUAGAACGUAUUGGGUACAAUAUGGGCGUACGUUUGAUUGAAGAUUUUCUUGCUCGGACUUCGUCAAAUCGCUGCUUAGAGAUGAGGGAGACCGCGGAUAAAAUACAGCAAGCUUUCAGAUUGUAUCUCAAUAUGCAGCCAACUGUAACCAGCUGGAGUAGUGCGGGAGAUGAAUUCUCUCUAGUAUGGGAUCAGUGUCCACUUAGCGAGUGGGUUGAAAUCCCAAACUCCGGUCUUAAGUACUGCGCUCUGAUACCGGGCGCCAUACGAGGAGCUCUACAGAUGGUACAGCUUGAAGUACAGUGCUGGUUUGUACAGGACCAGUUAAGAGGUGAUGCAGUUACUGAACUACGUGUGAAGUAUAUAAAGAGAUUAGAAGACGCUGUACCAGCGGGAGAAGAUUAAUCUUAUGUUAUCUUUGAAAAUUAUAUCUUUAUUAUAAUUAUGAAUAUACUUGCUAUGUUAUAUAGUUGAAUGUAGGUAUACUAGAGCAGUUACGACCAUCUGAUGUUUAUCGUUUUAAUUUAUUAGUAUUUCGAACGAGAAAUUCGAAAAAAGAAGCAAGU